UUCUCACGUGGUGUUAGGUUCAUUCCCUUCGCUAAAUUACCCACUGCUUUUGAAGCCGCUGAAAGCCUGUUUAAUCAGGUAUUUCGUAUUUUUGGUAUUCCCGAGGAUAUAGUGUCUGAUCGCGGUCCUCAAUUCAUAUCUCAAGUCUGGUCAGCAUUCAUGAGUAGGUUGGGUGUCUCUGUCAGUUUGUCUUCCGGUUAUCAUCCUCAAAGUAAUGGUCAGUGUGAAAGGAUGAACCAGGAACUAGGGAAAUUCUUACGUAUAUAUUGUUCUAACAAUGUUCAUGAUUGGGCCCAAUAUCUCCCCUGGGCUGAAUUGGCUCAAAAUUCUCUUAUCAGCUCUUCCACUAAGUUAACACCCUUUCAGUGUGUCCUAGGUUAUCAACCUCCGCUCAUGCCAUGGUCAGCUGAACCUUCUGAUAUCCCUGCUGUAGAUCAGUGGAUGCGCCGUAGCGAGGAGGUGUGGGAGGAGACUCACAGACGUAUAGAAGCCGUGUUAGAACAACACAAACAGCAGGCUGAUCGUCAUCGUCGUGAGGCCCCGCUCUACUCCCCAGGAGAUCGCGUUUGGCUAUCUACCAGGGAUUUCCGGCUCCCCGAAGGCAACAAAAAAUUAUCACCGGUUAUCCCUGGUCCGCUGGAUGAGACCUCGCAUGGGAUGCUGCCUCCUCCGCCUGUGCUCAUGGAUGGUGGACCCGUCUACGCGGUGGAGCGCCUGUUAGACUCCAGAAGGAGGAGGGGAGCCCUGGAGUACCUGGUUGAUUGGGAAGGCUACGGACCUGAGGAGAGAAGCUGGGUUACUGCAGCAGACGUCCUUGACCCAUUGUUGGUGGAAGAAUUCCAUCGGUCGCAUCCGUCUCAUCCAGCACCACGCCCUCGGGGUCGUCCAAGGAGGAGGUCUCCUGACCCUGGAAGGGGUAGGCGCUAUAGGUCUGCUGCUACUCGGUCUCUCAGUUCCGUCCGCGGCUCCAGGAGGGGUCGUCCCAGGACCAGGGGUCGUCCCAGGACCAGGGCUCCUGUUCAGGCUAUCCCCGCUUCGGGUUCUCGUGUCCGUCGGGCCUCCGGGCGGAGAGGGGCGGUUCCUGUGUGUCGUCCUCGUCCUUCGGUUCUUUCGGACUCCUCGGGGGGAGGUACUGUCAGGUCUCUAGGAUCUCCUCUCACACACCCGAACUCUAUUUCCCAAAAUCCCACUGGCCAUGACGUCACCGUCAGCCGCUCACUCUCACCCAAUCGCGUUACGCUCCCCCGUUCAGAGUCACCUGUAUUCUAAGAAGUUCCGGUUCAUAGUAAUUCCAUGUUUUGUAUAUAUAGGGUUCGGUUAACGUCUGUUCUUCGCGAGGUAUUGCCGACUCAUGUUGCGUACUGAGCGUUAUUCCAAACCCUUUUCUGUCUGCCCUUUUGUUAUGAUCUUUUUGCCUGUAUUACGGAUUUCGCCUUUUGUCUUUGCCCUUAUUGGAUUUGUUAUAUUAUCGGACUGUCUCUCUGGCUUUGGAUCUUGGACUGUCUCCUGUAUUACGAUUCCUGCUUCCAGUGUGAGUCUUGUUCAACCUGUUCUCUGGCUGUGUUACUCUGUUUACAACUCUGUUAAUAAACCCGCCUUUACCUUUUA